UAGGUAGAGAUAGAAUCUUCAAAAACAUAAAAAAAAAGGUUAUCUCCAAGUAACAAAUAAUCCAACGGUGGCUCAUACUUGAUUCACCUUCGCGGGUUUUCAUUACAUUUUCACAAUAACAAUAACAGCACGAAUCUUGCUUCUUAAGAAACCCUAAAAUUCUCAUCAAAGUUAUUAUUUACAUAAAAGUAUAUGAUCAAAUAAUCUCUUCUCCACUUUGUUCAUUCUACGAACUCUGUUCCUGUUCCGAAUUUUCACCGGAUUUUCAGUAUGGAUUCACAUGUCCGUUCAUUGUUAACAAGCUCAUUUCUAUCGUCAGACCCUGAGACUGAGUUUGUAGACCAGAUAGCAUUAUUUGCAGCCCUUCUAUGCGGUUGCAUCGUUGUGGGUCACCUACUCGAAAAGAGUCGAUGGUUUAAUCAAUCGAUCACCGCCCUUCUAAUCGGUUUAGGGACAGGAUGCUUUAUUUUAUAUGCUUCUGGUGGUAAAAGCUCUCGCAUAUUGGAAUUCAAGCAAGAGUUUUUCUUUAUAUAUCUCCUUCCACCGAUAAUCUUCAAUGCUGGGUUUCAGGUGAAAAAGAAACAGUUUUUUCGCAAUUUCAUGACCAUUACUUCAUUUGGAGUUGUUGGUACUUUGAUCUCGUUCGCCAUCAUAUCGUUCGGUGCAAGACGUUUGUUUCCGAUGUUGGACAUUGGUUACCUUGAGAUCAAGGACUAUCUCGCACUUGGAGCCAUAUUUUCCGCAACAGAUUCUGUUUGCACCUUGCAGGUGCUUAAUCAAGAAGAAACACCAUUAUUAUACAGUUUAGUGUUCGGAGAGGGUGUCGUGAAUGAUGCAACAUCGGUGGUACUUUUUAACGCAAUCACAAAGUUUGACUUAUCUGACAUGGACUUGUAUAUUGCUCUUGAGUUUGCCGCUAACUUCUUCAAAUUGUUUGGGUUAAGCACCUUGUUGGGCGUUGGCGUUGGGCUGCUAUGUUCAUUCAUCUUUAGAACAUUAUAUUUUGGAAGGCAUUCAACUGACCGUGAAGUGGCUCUCAUGAUACUCAUGGCUUAUCUUUCUUACAUUACAGCUGAAGUGUUUGGAUUAAGUGGAAUCCUUACUGUAUUCUUUUGUGGGAUUGUAAUGUCACAUUACGCCUGGCAUAAUGUUACUCAUAAAUCACAAGUGACUACCAAGCAUGCUUUUGCAACAAUGUCAUAUAUCGCAGAAGUGUUUAUUUUCUUGUAUGUUGGUAUGGACUCGUUGGAUGUUGGAAAAUGGAGGUUUAUUAAUGACAGCCCUGGGAAAUCUAUCUGGGCAAGUGUCAUACUACUUGUGCUGAUUAUGAUUGGGCGAGCAGCUUUCAUAUUACCUCUUUCAUAUAUCUCGAACUUAAUUCGGAGGGAUCGUAAUGAAGAUAUCGGGAUUAGACAGCAGUUUGUAGUUUGGUGGGCUGGUCUGAUGCGAGGAGCUGUAUCUAUUGCGCUUGCGUAUAAAAAGUUUACUGGAUCUGGACAAACAAUUCAGCCUGUAAAUGCAGUUUUGAUCACCAGCACCAUUACUGUUGUUCUCUUCAGCACUAUUGUAUUUGGAUUGCUGACUAAGCCGCUGAUAAGGAGGUUGCUACCUGAAUCGAGCCAAACCGAACCAUCUAGCCCAACAUCAUCAAUGACGCCACUUCUAGAAAAUGGACCUGAUUAUGAUGAUCCUGAAAAUGGAAAUAAUCGAACCCUAAGAAGCAAACCGAGUCUAGCGAUGCUAUUCAACAGUCCUACAAGCACAGUUCAUUAUUACUGGAGGAAAUUUGACGACGCAUGUAUGCGCCCAGUUUUUGGCGGUAGCGGGUUUGUUUCAUAUGCCACUGGGACCCGCGACAUGGAUGUGAUACAUUGACUUCUAGGUUUUGACUAUGUUUGACUUUUGUACAUAGUAGGAAUGCAUUGACAGUUUGACACUAGUUUAGACUUGAAACUUUCCUACUAAUUUCUUAUUUUAUAAAUUUUACUUGGUAGUUUAUUCUA